AUGAUCCGUCCACUCCCCUUCCUCCUUGGCCUCACAGCCACAGCAGCCGCCCACUCCUGGCUCGGCUGCACCGACCAAGACAACGCGAAAAUCCUCGACUGGAUGAAGGGCAACGCGUCCGAGUACCGCGCACCCGGCGACCUGUACGUCGACACCUUCGCGCCCGGGCUCGCCGUCUUCUGCCACGGCUGGCCGCGCGCAAAACACAACCCGGGCAACUGGAUCGACGAGUCGAGCAACUACCUGUGGGAUAUUGCGGCGCGCACGUGGGAGGGCGACACGAACGCGUGCCACCCCAGUCAGCGCAGCCCGACGUACUUUGAGGACGAGAAGGCGGGCAUGGCAACGGCGAAGCCGGGGGGCAGUAUUAAGCUCAUGUUUGGCGGGAAUGGGCACUCGCGUGGGUCGAAUGUGGAUGGAGGGGACCCUGGGAAGGUGGUGGUGUAUUGGAAGGGGAAGAAGGAGGCGGAGAUCAAGGACAUUGAGGAGUUUGCAGAGAAGAAUAAGUUGAAGGAGGCGGGAUUUGCGGAGGAGGCUUUCAUCUGGCCCGAGGAUAAGAGCGUGAAGAGUCCGACUCAGGGUAUGCUGGACAAGGGCAACUGGAUGACACUUGAUAUGCCCCAGGAUAUGGAGAAGGGUCGCCAUAUGAUGGUGCGACGGCCUUGUGGGACGGCAUUGAUGGUUGACGAGGGAUGA